ACAGUCUCCAUCAGUAGUCCCUAUUAGCCUGCGUGUCUGAGAAUUUGAAUAGUAAUGGUAGGAUUGCUGUCGCUCUGCGGUUGGCGGUUCGAGUGUUGACUGACUGUCCGUUACUUGUCGCGUCACAAUUAGUCCACAGACAUCAGAAGGGUGGUUUUACGUCACCAUCGGGACGUCACAGAGAGAGACGGACGGCGGUAACCGGUUCCUUCACUCUCACAUCAUCUGCGACCAUGACGACUGAAGCUUCCCUGGAGGUUGAAGUAAAUGAGAAUGAACAGCCUAAAGUCCAAAAUGAGCAAGUAGGGACCUCUAUUGAGCAGGAUCAACAGGGAGAAGAAAUCACAGCAGAAAAAAAUGAAAGCCCAGAAAACAAAAACCCUGAAGAAACUGCAACAAAGUCACCCUCGUCCCCAUCCAGUGUAGGAGAGAGAAGCCCUGGAAAACAGAAGAAAGAGAGAGAAGCAUCUGAAGGCAAAGGGAUCUCUCGUUUUUUACCACCGUGGCUUAAGAAGCAAAAGUCACAAAGCUUUUCUGAGCCUAAAGAGGAUGAUGGCAAGAGCAAAGCAGAAGAAACAGUGGAGCCAGCUAAAGAAGAUGACAGUGAAGGUGUUAAGUCAGGUGAAGAUCAGCCUGUUGAGACAAAGUUGGAAGAGAAGGAAGAGAAGCGAUCUGUUAGCAGUGCAGAGACACAGCCUGCUAAAGAAGAAAACAAAGAGGAAGAGACACAAAAUGUAGUUGAAGACAAAGUAGAAAAUGAAGGUGAUGUUGGAAAGGAAGAACAUGUUCCCAAGCCUGCAGAACCAAAGAAAGAGAUUCCUCUCAAAUCCCCCAAAAAGUUGAAGACUGUGCCAUGUAAGGUGACCUUAUUAGAUGGAACUGAAUACAGCUGUGAUCUGGAGAAACGGGCAAAAGGACAAGUGUUGUUUGUCAAAGUCUGCGACCAUCUCAACUUACUGGAAACUGACUACUUUGGAUUGACCUACCGAGAUAACGCUGAUCAGAAGAACUGGCUGGAUCCUGCAAAAGAAAUCAAGAGGCAAAUUAGAAGCUCUCCGUGGUUAUUUUCCUUUAACGUGAAGUUCUAUCCUCCUGAUCCUUCUCAGUUAACAGAAGACAUAACAAGAUAUUUCCUGUGCCUUCAGCUCCGUCAGGAUAUCGCAUCUGGCCGUCUACCAUGUUCAUUUGUGACGCAUGCACUGCUUGGAUCCUAUACUUUGCAAGCUGAGCUUGGAGAUUAUGAUGCAGAGGAGCACAGCAUUGAUUAUAUCAGCGACUUUCAGUUUGCACCCAAUCAGACAAAGGAAAUGGAAGACAAGGUUAUGGAGCUGCACAAAACACACAGAGGCCUGACUCCAGCCCAAGCUGAUAUCCAGUUUCUCGAAAAUGCCAAGAAGCUGUCAAUGUAUGGUGUGGAUCUGCACCAUGCCAAGGACUCUGAAGCUGUGGAUAUCAUGCUUGGUGUAUGUGCAAAUGGGCUUCUUAUUUAUAAGGAUAGACUCAGAAUAAACCGUUUUGCUUGGCCUAAGAUCUUGAAAAUCUCCUACAAACGCAGCAACUUUUACAUUAAAGUGAGACCUGGAGAGCUGGAACAGUUUGAGAGCACUAUUGGGUUUAAACUGCCAAACCAUCGAGCUGCAAAGAGGCUGUGGAAAGUGUGCGUGGAACAUCAUACAUUUUAUAGACUGUCCUCUCCAGAGCAACCUCCAAAGGCCAGGUUCUUGACCUUGGGCUCCAAAUUCCGUUACAGCGGCCGCACACAGGCCCAGACACGAGAGGCUAGCACAAGGAUAGACAGACCUGCUCCCUAUUUUGAACGCACCUCCAGCAAACGUGUCUCCAGAAGCUUGGAUGGAGCUCCUAUUGGUACCAUCUCAGACCAGAGUCUGCUAAAAGAGCCCCAGGUCAUUGAGGCAGGUAGUGCUGUUGAUGGAAGGAUUUUGAGCACAGAGGCUUUUGUGCAAGAAAGCAUGAAUGGUGCUUCAUCUCCAGAGUCUGAGGAGGCACAACUGAAAGAUACAAAGAGCAAGUCCUUGAGAAUAGAAGGAGCGAAUAUUUAUGUGAGGCAUAGCAAUUUAAUGUUGGAGGAUCUGGAUAAGUCACAGGAUGAAUUAUUGAAACAUCAGGCUAGCAUUAGUGAGCUCAAGCGCAGUUUCAUGGAAUCUACACCUGAGCCACGCCCAAACGAAUGGGAAAAGCGAUGUAUCACUCCCUUAUCUCUACAGACGCACGGGAGCCUAGAAGAAGAGAUUACUUCAAUUUUGUUUAGUAGCUUUGCUAGCAUGAAAUCCAACUUCACUCCAUCUUCCCAACGGACAGCAGAGGGCAGUGUUGUGAAAGAUAGCUUAACUGCUGACUUACUUCCUGACUCUCAUUCCCAACAGCUGCAUGAGAAACUUUUACCCAGAACAAGAGGGAUGCGCACUGGACUGAGUGAUGCUCUUGAGAGUUCAGAUGAGAUUCAGAACAUAGUGGAGGUGAAAAAACAGUCAGAAUGUGAUAAUAAAGAAACACCUCUUACAGAACAUAUAAAAACAGAAGAAAACAAAGAAGUUGACUUUCCAAGAGAAGCCAAUGGAGAGGUCCAAGAAGUAAAACAGUUGGAUAAGAAAGAAACAGAUUCUGUGUCUUCAUCAGACAGUAGCAGUGAUAGCGAGAAUGAAGAAGCAGAGUACCAAGCUCAAAGCAGGUUAUCUGAAAGUGUCCUCAGGGAGGAACUAGAAGAAAGUGCAGAAGAUAUCCAGGAAAGCCAGCCAGAAGAUGAAUCUAACGUCAUUCUAGUUGAAGACCAUACCAUGACGGUGAAAGUUACACAUUCUGAAGAGAUGACAACCCUCAUGACCCAAGAAAUCACGUACAAAGUUGGCGAGAACGUUUUCACAGAAGGCCAUGAAGCUGUUGAAGAAGAGCACAACAAAAUCAAUGGAGAUUUAUCUCCUGUUGAUGAGGCAUCUGCUCAAAUUAUUUGUUGUUCUGAGCCUCCUGUGGUCAAAACAGAGAUGGUCACCAUUUCUGAUGCCACACAAAGAACUGAAAUUUCUACAAAGGAAGUACCUAUUGUCCAAACAGAAACUAAAACAAUCACCUUCGAGUCUCCACAGCUGGAUGGAACCAGAGAUGGUGAGCCUGGUGUGUUACUGAGUGCUCAGACCAUUACAUCAGAUUCCAUUCUUACUACAACAACUACACACAUAACCAAGACAGGGAAAGGCGGAAUAUCUGAAACCAGAAUUGAGAAGCGUAUUGUUAUCAGUGGAGAUGCAGAUAUUGACCAUGACGAGGCAUUAGCACAAGCAAUAAAGGAAGCCAAAGAACAACACCCAGACAUGUCUAUUACACGUGUAGUUGUCCACAAGGAGACUGAAGUUACUGAAGAAGGAGAGGACUAAACUCUAGAAGGAACCAAGAACAAUUCCAACAUAUGAUGGACCUUCAACCAUACCAAGUGGUCCUGCUGCUAAUGUUGCUAUGAAUUGACCUUGACUGGCAUGACUGGACACCUGAAGGCUUGGAUGCCAACAUACAACUGCAGCUCAACAUCUCCGACCUAUACUGUUCCAUUUCUAUCUGUUUGUUUCAUUCUUAUAACCACUUAACAUGUGUAGCUUGUUUGUAGAGUUUUGUUUGCACAACUACUUGCCAUUUUUUAAUUUUGUCAUAUGUUGGGAAAUAAUACUCCUCUGCAAAAUAAACCUCUGAGGAAAUGAUGAUAAAUCAUUGUGACUAACUUAGCUUUUUUAAUAUUAUUAUUUUCAACCAAACUCUCUUAUUGGGGGUUAUUUUCCAGACUAUUCAGGUAUAUAUGUAUAUGUUUAGAGUAAUUUAAGGGG